CCCUUCAAUCCUCGCAAGACUGUGAGUGACCUGCUCUUUGAUUUAAACUCCCACCUCAGCCUCACAUCUGCCACCGGAUACCAGCCAACGACAUCUCCCUGUCUGUUCAACCUGUUACUGAAGGAAACGGGGGAGGGGGGCGGGGGAGGGUGCAGAGAAGAAGGAGGAGAAGAAGAAGAAGAAGACGGGCCUUUACAACAAACACAACGCUAUUUUUGUGGGAUUAAAAAGAGACAAACAAAGGCAGCGUCGUUGAAACUGUUACCUGACAGAGAGUCGGGGGGUCAUGACAGCGCUUGCAGGAGGUUUACCGAGAAUGAUGCGACCGACUCCUCACCAGAACUACCCGCGGGGGGGAUACUCUCUGGAAGUCUCCACUCCGCUAGGACAGGGUCGGGUCAACCAGCUCGGCGGUGUCUUCAUAAACGGCAGACCUCUCCCCAACCACAUCCGACAUAAAAUUGUGGAGAUGGCCCAUCACGGCGUCCGGCCGUGUGUCAUCUCCCGUCAGCUGCGCGUGUCCCACGGCUGCGUCUCCAAAAUCUUGUGCCGGUACCAGGAGACGGGCUCCAUCAGGCCGGGGGCCAUCGGAGGCAGCAAGCCAAAGCAAAUCUCUACUCCGGAGGUGGACAAGAAAAUCGAAGAUUACAAGAGAGAAAACCCGGGCAUGUUCAGCUGGGAAAUCAGGGACAAAUUACUGAAAGAUGCAGUCUGCGACAGAAACAACGUUCCCUCAGUGAGCGCCAUCAGUCGCAUCAUGCGGUCUAAAUUCGGCGGAGCCGGUGAUGAUGAGGAGGAGGAUGAUGACGUUGUAAAGAGGGAGAUGGAGGAAAACGAACCACGGACCAAACACAGUAUCGAUGGCAUCCUCGGAGACAGAUCCAGCCACUCGGACGAGGGCUCCGACGUGGACUCAGAGCCGGGCCUGCCUCUGAAGAGGAAGCAGCGCCGCAGUCGCACAACCUUCACUGCGGAGCAGCUGGAGGAGCUGGAGAGGGCCUUCGAACGCACGCACUAUCCCGACAUCUACACGCGGGAGGAGCUGGCCCAGCGGGCCAAGCUGACGGAGGCUCGAGUUCAGGUGUGGUUCAGUAACAGAAGAGCCAGGUGGAGAAAGCAGGCAGGAGCCAAUCAGCUGAUGGCGUUUAACCACCUCAUCCCCGGUGGGUUCCCUCCCUCAGCCAUGUCUGGUCUCCAAACCUAUCAGCUGUCUGACAGCCCCUACACUCCCACUUCUAUAUCUCAAGCAUCCGAGCAGCCCAGUACAGUCCACCGACCGCAGCCUCUGCCCCCCACCUCCGUGCACCAGAGUGGGCUCGGCUCGGCAGCUGGCUCCCAGGACGGAAGCUCUGCGUACUGCCUGUCCUCUGGACGUCACAGCUUCUCCGGGUACUCGGACAGCUUUGUGACCCAGACCGGACACAGCAACAGCGUCAACCCCACCAUCGCCAACGGCCUGUCCCCACAGGUAAUGGGCCUAUUGAACCCAGGUGGAGUGCCUCAUCAGGCCCAGAGUGACUUUGCCCUCUCGCCACUGACCGGAGGCCUGGAGCCUAACGGUGGCAUGGCGGCCAGUUGUCAUGGUUCCCAGCGUUUGGAGGCUCUCCCCGGCCUGACCAGUAUGCCCACCUUGCCUAGCACCCAGUCUUACUGCCCCCCUUCCUACAGCACCCAAGCCUACGCCAUGGACCACCAUCCACCCUAUCAGUAUGGACAGUACAGUCAGAGCAAGGUGCCUUUCAUUAUAUGAAGCCCCCAACAUGGGCCUGACCAGGAGGCUUCCUGGGCCAGUCUGACAUUCAUCGCCGGAGAACUUCCCCACCCGCUGCCUCUGCCAAAGCUCCUCAGGCCAGACGACAGCAGGAGAGAAGCGGUUGAGGUUUUCUCCAUCAGAAAGGGAACCAGUUGAGGCGGGGGUGUGGUAAUGGCGAUGGAGGGGUUUGACGGGAACAAUUUGGACCAAAGGCCAGGAGUCUCUCCCGUUUCCUGGCGAUCGCUUUGCUUGUGCUUCCUGUCACGCUCCAAGGACCAAGCCCCGCAAGUAGUCCAUGCUUAAAGAGGAAAAUGGGAGUAAAGACAUUCAAGUCAAGAUUAUGUAUUAGAUUUUGUAACAAGUGGCAGAGAGGUGGACUUGGAAAGCCCCCUGUGUUUCUGGGGCCACUCGGUGGGGGGAGGGGCAUUUUCUUACGGCCUGGUUAUCAAAAGGCCAGAUGAUGAUGCGCCCCAACCACAUGUUCUUUCAAAGGGUCUCUACGUCAUCAUCUCUUAGAAAAGUAAUAUUUACUGUACAUUGAUGUGAUUGUCCCAUACGACUCUGGAGGUGAAAUUACGACUACACCGGAAGAAACAGCAGAAAGGCGUGAAUCCAGGCAGAGUGGAGACAUGGCGAAACCACAGCAACCCAAAGAAAGUGCAAUACAUUCAUACCUCAUGUGAUGUACAUUUACACGGAUCAAAUGUUCCCAAUUAUACCCUCAAAAACUUGCUCUCUUUUUAAUGUAAUUAAUUUUGGGUUUUGUGCAUUGAUCAAUCAGGGGAAAUCAUCAGGCGAUGAAAAAUAGAAAACGUAUUAGUGAUGUCAUUAUGCCCAAAACAUUCUCUGCCAGCGAGUAUAUUUUUAAGUCAUUUUUUAAUUUUGCUUAUGUUCAAUAUUUCACCAGGAACUUGCAAACAUGAGUUUCAUUUCUUAUUUAUUUAGUUGUUGUUCAGCUGUUAUGUCUCUUCUGUAUAUUUUGUAUUAAGUGCGCUUAAGUGCUUAAAUCUUACACAAUGUUCAUUAUACAUGAUUUUUCUUUUGUAUGAUUUACAUUUGCAUUGGCGUAAAACGAUUUUGUUGUAAGAAGUUUUGUGUACAAUACAGCACUAUUUACUAUUUAUAAUAAACUAUAUAAAAAUGUAAA